GGGGACCUCGACUUCGAGACCCCGGCCGUCCCCGCGCUCUGCUCUCUCGGUGAGCUCUGGCCGAACCGCGCAAGAACGUCCCCGUGAUCCCCUCUGCCACCAUGAGGAACAUCUUCAAGAGGAACCAGGAGCCCAUUGUGGCUCCUGCCACCACCACCGCCACAAUGUCAACUGGGCUCUUAGACAACUCUACCGAGAGUGGGGGCGCUGGGGAGAGUAAGGAGGACAUGUUUGCCAAGCUGAAGGAGAAAUUCUUCAAUGAAAUCCAGAAGAUCCCCUUACCACCCUGGGCACUGAUCGCCAUUGCUGUGGUCGCUGGCCUCCUGCUCCUCACCUGCUGCUUCUGUAUCUGUAAGAAGUGCUGCUGUAAGAAGAAGAAGAACAAGAAGGAGAAGGGCAAGGGCAUGAAGAAUGCCAUGAAUAUGAAGGACAUGAAAGGGGGCCAGGAUGACGACGAUGCAGAGACAGGCCUGACUGAGGGAGAAGGUGAAGGAGAGGAGGAGAAAGAGCCAGAGAAUCUGGGAAAACUGCAGUUUUCCCUGGACUAUGAUUUCCAGGCCAACCAGCUUACCGUCGGCGUUCUGCAGGCUGCUGAAUUGCCCGCCCUGGACAUGGGAGGCACCUCAGACCCUUAUGUCAAAGUCUUCCUUCUUCCAGACAAGAAGAAGAAAUAUGAGACCAAAGUCCAUCGGAAGACAUUGAACCCUGCCUUCAAUGAAACCUUCACCUUCAAGGUGCCAUACCAGGAGCUAGGAGGCAAAACCCUGGUGAUGGCCAUCUACGACUUUGACCGCUUCUCCAAACAUGACAUCAUUGGCGAGGUUAAGGUGCCUAUGAACACCGUGGACCUUGGCCAGCCCAUCGAGGAGUGGAGAGACCUGCAGGGCGGGGAGAAGGAAGAGCCAGAGAAGUUGGGCGACAUCUGCACCUCCCUGCGCUACGUGCCCACGGCUGGGAAGCUCACUGUCUGUAUCCUGGAGGCCAAGAACCUGAAGAAGAUGGACGUAGGUGGCCUUUCAGACCCCUACGUGAAGAUCCACCUGAUGCAGAAUGGGAAGAGGCUCAAGAAGAAGAAGACGACGGUGAAGAAGAAGACCCUGAACCCCUACUUCAACGAGUCCUUCAGCUUUGAGAUCCCCUUCGAGCAGAUUCAGAAAGUCCAGGUGGUGGUCACUGUGCUGGACUAUGACAAGCUGGGCAAGAACGAAGCCAUUGGCAAGAUCUUCGUGGGCAGCAACGCCACGGGCACAGAGCUGCGGCACUGGUCUGACAUGCUGGCCAACCCCCGGAGGCCCAUUGCCCAGUGGCACUCCCUCAAGCCCGAGGAAGAGGUGGAUGCGCUUCUGGGCAAGAACAAGUAGGCAGCAGCGGCCGGGAUCCCGCGCCGUUACAGACACUGACAAGAUCCAGAGCUAUCAAUACCUCAGUUAUGCAACCUUA